UUUUAGGCAGUGGUGGUUAUUGUAUUCCUGGGAAUGACCGUAUCCGAACUUUCCUCAAUUCUAGUUAACCAUGUCGCAUGAAAGAAGCCAUGGAAACUUGUCGCCAGUGUCUUAUGCUCUAGAUACGACGUCAAAUUCAAGUUCACAACUUUCUGAAGAAGCUGAUCAGAAUACGUUUUCUUCUUCUUCUUCAAGCUCACCGUCAUUGGCAGCAGCACUUCGUAAUUUCGAUAUAGACAGCAGUAAUUUCGAUACAGACAACAGUGCAGCAAGACGACGUUCGAGAGAUGUUUUCAGUUAUCCUCAGGAUGAUUCAUCUACACAUAUGGAAUCGUAUAUGGAAUAUUUGGCCUUGCUAAAUCAUCGGCAUGCACAAGAACCGAUGGAUGAAAGCAGCGGUGCAGGUGGUUCCAAUGCCGAUGUAGCUACUAACGAAUCGUUAUCCUUAUUGACGAAUACUACUAAUUCAUUAUCAUUUGGUGUGAUAUCGUCAAUAAACGAUGAAAACGGUGACCAUAGUGGUGACGGCAGUAAUCGCCUAAAUGAGUCAGAGAACAAUAAUGAUAUCAUUGGCGAAUCAUCAACUCAAGUGAAUGAAUUCAGCGAUGUUGAGUUGGCUCUGAUCCGGGACUUGUAUUCUCCAUCAGCAAGUGACCCAAGUAACAGUAGCGAACAAAGGGAAAGUGCGCACAGUGAAGGUUUUGCGAAUAGUGUGAGUGAAACAGCACGAGGCGGAAGCUUUCGUCUGCCACAUUUGAUGCAUCGGGAUCUAAAUAGUAAUUUCCAGGAAUCGGAUGCUGCUGAAGAGAAUAGUGGCAGUUUUCAGAAUCCUGUUCGUCGUGAUCCGUCUUCAUCCAUAAGAUUUUACCCACAACCGUUGAAACUGCCCUCAUCAACUCGUUUGAAAAUCACGGUGCUCAAAUGGAAUGUGGCUGCAUCAUGGAAAUGGGUGGCAGGUGAUGAAACUUGUGGUAUUUGUCGAAUGCCAUUUGAGGCAUGCUGCAUUGAAUGUAAAACACCUGGUGAUGAAUGUCCCUUGGCAUUAGGGGCAUGCAAGCAUGCGUUUCAUAUGCACUGCAUUGUGAAAUGGACUGAAACUCAAAAUGCAGCUCGACCGCAAUGUCCUCUAUGUAGACAGGAAUGGAAAUUUGCAUCCGGAUAAGUUCCUGUUUGUACUUUCUAAAUCGA